GGACAAGUAUGUGCAACCGACCUAUGCUACCUCUCUUCCUCUGAAUGUGGGAGUAAACCCUCGGACGGAAAGUGGAAUCACGAUAAUAUAGCCGCUGCCAUCGGCAAGUGUGGAGCAUGCGAGAUGACGCUACAAAACUUCGCGUCGUCAGCGUUGGACCAACGUGUGCACCUCAGCACUCCAGCGAAGGAUCCUCGUAAUAUUGUGCUUCAAAGACAGGGCCUGGGGUUUGAUGCAUUGUGGUUCGGUGGAAAACAGCCCACCCAGAUGACUGGGCCUUCUCUUCACUCCAAACACUAUGAGGGAAUCAUGCCACGAGUCCAUCACAGAAUAAACCUCUUCAAGAUAGGACACUUGCCGCAAUUCGAGCUCUCUGCAAACAGACGGGGUACUUCUGUGACACAGACUACUGCCAUGUCCAUGAUGCAAACUACCCAUACUGUGACGAAUCUCGACUUGCGGGAAGUUGCGAGCCCUAAGCUAAACUGGUGCCUGGCCGCUUGA